AUGGCCGCUGCGGUCGUCAUCCCCGGGCCUCCCGGCCCAUACCCCGUCGCCUUGCGAGUGGAGGCCUUCGAAGACGCAGCACGAUGGGAUCCCCACGCCCCUCAAGACCAGCCUGAAAAGCGCAAGGUCAUGGUCUCUGUCCACGUUCCUCUAAAGAAGGAAGCCAACUGUUCCGUCGAACUAGUUCCCUACGUGCCGCCUACCACUGCAGUCGCCCUCGGCCAGGGGGCGGCGACCUUGUUUGGUCUGCCAGACACUGUCUUCUCAGGGAUGGAACUUGAGUUCUACAUUGUCGAUACGGCUUACGGCGGGCCCGAGAAGAGUGAAAAGCACCCUCUCGUCCUCUUCUCACACGGAAGAGCUAGCUCGAGACUUGCGCAUGGCGUAUUGGCGCGGUCUCUUGCUAGCUAUGGGUACAUCGUCGUCACUCUGGAUCAUACGUAUGAUGCCGCGAUUGUCGAGUUCCCAGAUGGCAGCAUUAGAUUUGCGGAGAACGCAACGGAAAACGACUCGGCUUACGUUGAGAGCCUUCUUGAGAGUCGUCAGAAAGAUGUCUCCUUCAUAAUCGACCAGCUCCUAGACCCUUCAGUAGCUACUCCACUACUUGCCGGAACACAAGCAUCUAUCAACCCAGGCAAGAUUUUCAUUGCCGGUCACUCCUUCGGCGGCGCUACAGUAGCUUCAUCACUCUACGCCGAUGACCGCAUUAUUGGCGGUCUCAACUUUGACGGCCUGAUGGUUGGUCCGGUCCAGGCCGAAGGCACCGACAAGCCCCUGGUACUGGUCAGCACGCCGGCGACAUUCGAUUACAUCUCCGGCUGGAACGAGACUUGGCUUAAUCUGCGCGGUCCAUCGUUGAUGCUGAUUGUCAACGGAACAACCCACAUGUCCUUCUUUGACGCUCCACAACUCCCAGCUGUCAAGGCUUUGCCUGCAGAGUAUUCUGAUCUCAUCAAGCAGGUUCUGGGCACCAUUGAUGGCGAUUUGUUGGCCAAGAUUGAGAUUGAGCUCUUGCGAAGAACACUGAAUUUGGUGUUGGAGGGCAAGAGAGAGGCUUUGUGCGAUGUUGAGAGCGUAGGCCCUGGUGUUGGCCAGCUGAGAGUCAAGAACUUGACGUGUUCUUGA